AUGGUUCGCGUUAAACACCGCUACCUUCUCCUAGAUAUUCUCUAUCCAGACCCUUCAUCGUGGCCGUCAAAAACACCACAACGCAAAUAUACCCUAUCGUCUCAAGCACAGUCGCAACUCCAGAUCCACGCGCCCACAUCAGAUGCCUUGACACCCGGACUACUUGCGAAAAUGGUGAGGGAGGAAGUAGCGGAGAUAUUUGGAGAUUGGGGAAUAGGUAGACUCGGGGGGGUUGGAGCAGGUGGUGUUAGUGUGAAAUAUUUGUCUCCGGCUACAUCGACCGCCAUUAUCCGUUGUCCGCGGGCUUCUUUGCGUCUCGUCUGGACCGCUCUAACUUAUAUGUCUGGCGUGCCGGGAUUCGGCAAUGGCUGUCGGCCGAAAGGUGCUGCUGCGGCUACAACAAGACCGUGUGUGUUUCGCGUGAUAAGGGUUUCCGGGACAAUGAGGAAAGCUGAGGAAGAGGCCAUUCGACGAGCGAGAAAGGAGAUUGUGCGGCUCCGAGACACGGAAGAAGUAGGGGUCCUAGAGGGCUUGGUACGGGAGUUAGGGCAGGAAGAUGGAUUGUCCACAGCUAUGGAAGAAGAUGUGGAGAUGGCGAGUGAUGAUGAAAAUGAUGAUUGA